AUGUCAAUUCUCCGACAGGCCAAGAUCAUCCCUCAUCUAUCUUCGAGCAGGGGUCACAACAACCUAGGAUGGCUGGACACUUAUCACAGCUUUUCCUUUGCCGAUUGGCACGAUCCCAGAUACACUCACUUUGGAGCCCUACGAGUCUUGAAUGAAGAUAGAGUGAAGCCCAACACGGGAUUCCCCACUCACCCUCACCGGGACUUUGAAAUCUUCAGCUACAUCUUAUCCGGAGAGUUGACGCAUCGUGAUUCUAUGCUCACCAAGGGCAAGGAGGGUGGUCAAUCCGAUAAAUUCUUCCGGAUGCACCGUGGAGACGUGCAAUUCACUACAGGCGGCACGGGUAUAGCCCACUCUGAAUUCAACGAGCACAACAAGGACACGGUCCACUUUCUUCAGAUCUGGGCUAUCCCGUGGAAGAGGGGCCUAACUCCUCGAUAUCACACUCGCAAUUUCCCGGAGGAGGCCAAGCGAGAGGGCUUUGUAAAGAUCCUCAGCCCGCUCAAGGCUGGCGAGGAUGCUACCUUUCAAGAGGAAGCGGAAGCAGAGCCUACCAUCCCAGAAACAAUCCCCAUUCACGCAGAUCUCGUCAUGGGCGCUGGCAUCAUCGCACCGGACGGCAAGUUUGAGUGGACAGUUGGAGGCGGCGCAGGCCAAAAGACACAGCGCAAGGUCUAUAUCCACCUGCCAAUGCUAAAGGGCGGAAAGGCCAAGAUCCGGCUCGAUGGGCGAGAGGACGCAGAGCUUUCCGAGGGAGACGGCGCAUUUGUCGAUGGAGUUCAGAUUGGAGACAAGUUAAUAGUGGAGAGCAUUGGAGAGGCCGAAGCCGAGGUGGUUGUGCUUGACACGGCUUGA